GUAUGGGGUGGUUAUGGGGUGCCCCUCACCGCCCCCUAUGUUUGGGGUGCUGUUGUGGGGUUUUGUUUGCGAUCCCACAUUUGUGGGGUUUCCCCGCAGGAACUCGGAGUCGGUGACGUAUUUCUGGCAGAACUGGAACAUCCCCGUGCACAAGUGGUGCCUCAGGCACUUCUACAAGCCGAUGCUGAAGCGCGGUGUGAGCAAAUGGACGGCGCAGACCGCCGUGUUUCUGGCCUCCGCCUUCUUCCACGAGUAUUUGGUCAGCGUGCCGCUGAAGAUGUUCCGGCUCUGGGCCUUCAUGGGGAUGGCAGCGCAGGUACGGAAAUUUGCGUCCAUAUUACGGCCCUAUAACGGCCCCAUAGUGACCCUAUAAUGACCCCAUAGUGGCCCUAUAAUGGCCCCAUAUUGACCCUACAGCAGCCCUAUAACGGCCCCAUAAUGGCACCAUAGUGAACCCAUUCUGGCCCUAUAAUGGCCCCAUUGAGUCCCCAUGAUGGUCCUAUAAUGGCCCCAUAAUGACCCCUAAUGGCCCCAUAGUGGCCGUAUGAUGGCCCCAUAGUGACCCCAUAAUGACCCUAUAAUGGCCCUAUAAUGACCUUACAAUGGCCCCAUAGUGGCCCUAUAAUGGCCCUAUAACGACCCCGUAAUAUCCCUAUAAUGGCCCUAUAACGGCCCCAUAAUGAUCCUAUAAUGGACCCAUUGUGUCCCCAUAUUGACCCCAUAAUGACUCCAUAGUGGUCCUAUAAUGGCCCCAUAUUGACCCUACAACGGCCCUAUAACGGCCCCAUAAUGGCACCAUAGUGACCCCAUUCUGGCCCCAUUGUGUCCCCAUAAUGACCCUAUAAUGACCCUACUGUGUCCCAAUAAUGACCCCAUAAUGACCCCAUUGUGUCCCCAUAACAGCUUCAUUCUGGCCCUAUAAUGGUCCCAUUGAGUCCCCAUGAUGGUCCUAUAAUGGCCCCAUAAUGACCCUGUAAUGACCCCAUAAUGGCCCUAUCAUGGCCCCAUUGUGUCCCCAUAAUGUCCCCAUAAUGACCUCAUAAUGGCUCCAUAGCGGCCCCAUAAUGACCCUACAAUGGCCCCAUAGUGACCCCAUAAUGACCCUAUAAUGGCCCCAUAAUGAACUUACAAUGGCCCCAUAGUGGCCCUAUAAUGGCCCUAUAACGACCCCAUAAUAUCCCUAUAAUGGCCCCAUAACGGCCCCAUAAUGGCCCCAUUCUGGCCCCACUGUGUCCCCAUAACAGCUUCAUUGUGUCCCCAUAAUGACCCCAUUGUGUCCCCAUAACAGCUUCAUUCUGACCCCAUUAUGGCCCCAUUGAGUCCCCAUAAUGGUCCCAUAAUGGUCCCAUAAUAUCCCUAUAAUGGCCCCGUAGUGGCCCUAUAAUGGCCCCAUAGUGACCCUAUAAUAUCCCUAUAAUGGCCCUAUAACGGCCCUAUAAUGGCCCCAUAAUCGCGCCAUUGUGGCCCUAUAAUGGCCCUAUAAUGGCCCCAUAGUGGCCCUAUAACGGCCCCAUAAUGGCCCCAUCGUGUCCCCAUAAUGACCCCAUAAUGGCCUCAUUCUGUCCCCGUUGUGUCCCCAUAACAGCUUCAUUCUGGCCCCAUAACGACCCCAUUGAGCCCCCUUAAUGGCCCCAUAAUGGCCCCAUAAUCGCGCCAUUGUGGCCCUAUAAUGGCCCUAUAAUGGCCCUAUAGUGGCCCCAUAAUGACCCUAUAGUGGCCCUAUAACGGCCCUAUAAUGACCCCAUAGUCACCCCAUUGUGUCCCCAUUGUGUCCCCAUAGUCCCCAUAACAGCCCCAUUGUGGCCCCAUAGUGGCCCCAUAACGCCCCCUUUGUGUCCCCAUAACGGCCCCAUUGUGUCCCCAUUGUGUCCCCAUAACAGCUUCAUUCUGGCCCUAUAAAGGCCCCAUUGAGUCCCCACUGUGUCCCCAUUACGGCUUCAUUCUGGCCCUAUAAUGGCCCCACUGAGUCCCCAUAAUAACCCUAUAAUGGCCCCAUCAUGGCCAUAUAAUGGCCCUAUAAUGGCCCCAUUGUGUCCCUAUUGUGUUCCCAUAAUGUCCCCAUAACUGCCCCAUUCUGGCCCCAUAACGGCCCCAUUGUGUCCCCAUUCUGGCCCCAUCCUGGCCCCAUUCUGUCCCCAUAGUGUCCCCAUAACGGCUUCAUCCUGGCCCUAUAACGGCGCCAUUGUGUCCCCAUUGUGUUCCCAUAAUGACCCCAUAGUGGCCCCAUAAUGGCCCCACUGUGUUCCCAUAACGGCCCCAGUGUUUCCAAUCUGUCCCCAUUCUGUCCCCAUAAUGUCCCCACUGUGUCCCCAUAAUGGCCCCAUAACAGCCCCGUUG